GGCCUCGUCCGGAGGGAGGAUGCGGAGCGCGUCGGAGGAGGGAGGGCGUCGCCGGAGACGACAGCACGCCGGCGGAGCAGCGGACGACGCGGUGGCGGCAACGCCGGCGCGGGGACAGCUUGGCCGCCGGGCGCCCACCAGCGCUCACCAGCAGCGGGCCAUGCGGCGAAGCACGUAGGCUGCUGCUGCUGGUGCCAUGGGCGAGACACCGUCGAGGACCACAAGCGUGCCGCCGCCUCCGGCCGCUGCGGGCGGCGGGCCGGCAUGGCGCCUCCGGCUGUCGGCGCUCAUCGUGGCGCUGCUCAGCUGGCGAACGCCGAGCUGCGCGGCUAACGCGGACACCAAGCGCCUGUACCACGACCUCAUCAACGGAUACAGCUCGCUCAUCAGGCCCGUGGGAAACAACUCGGACAGGCUCACGGUCAAGAUGGGCCUCCGCCUGUCGCAGCUCAUCGACGUGAACCUCAAGAAUCAGAUCAUGACAACAAAUGUGUGGGUGGAGCAGGAGUGGAACGACUACAAGCUCCGCUGGGACCCGGAAGAGUAUGGCGGAGUGACGAAAGUCCACGUACCGGCUGAACAAAUAUGGCUGCCCGAUAUUGUUCUUUACAAUAAUGCUGAUGGCAACUACGAGGUAACCAUCAUGACCAAAGCCAUUCUCCAUUCGGAUGGACUCGUCAUCUGGAAACCACCCGCAAUCUACAAGAGUUCCUGUGAGAUAGACGUGCAAUAUUUUCCAUUUGACCAGCAGACCUGCUUUAUGAAGUUUGGAUCCUGGACCUACGACGGAUACACGGUCGACCUGAAGCACAAGCACCAGCGCGACGAUUCCAACGACAUCGCGGUGGGCAUCGACCUGUCCGAGUUCUACCUGAGCGUCGAGUGGGACAUCAUGGCGGUGCCCGCGCGGCGCAAGGAGAAGUUCUACUCGUGCUGCGAGGAGCCCUUUCCGGACAUCACCUUCAACAUCACGCUGCGGCGCAAAACCCUGUUCUACACCGUCAACCUGAUCAUCCCCUGCGUGGCCAUCUCUUUCCUCUCCGUGCUCGUCUUCUACCUGCCCUCGGACUCCGGCGAGAAGGUCUCGCUCUCCAUCUCCAUCAUGCUCUCGCUGGGCGUCUUCUUCCUGCUCCUCUCCGAGAUCAUCCCGCCCACGUCGCUGGCCGUGCCCCUGCUCGGCAAGUACCUGCUCUUCACCAUGGUGCUCGUCUCCCUCUCCGUCUUCGUCACCAUCGCCGUGCUCAACGUCAACUUCCGCUCGCCGGCGACGCACAAGAUGGCGCCCUGGGUCAAGCACGUCUUCCUCAAGGUCCUGCCCCCCGUUCUCCUCAUGAAACGGCCCCAAGACGAUGAUGACGAUGACGAUGCCAGUGCCAUGGGCUUCGAUGCCACGCCGUCCGCCGACAACCGAGCUCCGCCAUCUCCUCCUCCGCCGCCGCCACCGCCACCACCGCCGCUACAGGAACUGACGUUGUGCGCGUACCAUUCAGCCGAGCCCCCAGAGAGCGGUGGGGACGACGCCUCCCCACGGGCGUUGCCCUCGCCUCCCGACGGCGGCGCCGACCCUGGAUCCCUGCUCGACCAGGACCUGGCCAGGCCCGUCUUCAAUGUUCGCUUUAUCGCGCAGCACAUGGAGAAUGCCGACCACUUUGACCAGGUCAUCGAAGACUGGCGUUUCGUGGCCAUGGUCCUGGACCGGUUAUUCCUGCUGCUGUUCACGUUCACAUGCGUAGUGGGUUCCGCCUGCAUCAUCCUCGAGGCGCCCUCGCUGUUCGACGACAAGCUCCCGAUUGACAUACUCAUGUCCAAGGUGGCGCCACGUCUGCGGCGCAUCCACGACUGAGCCUGCCGCCAUCGGUCGGUCGAAGACGCUUCCUCCACCAAGAAGCCCUUCCCGGGAUGUCCUCCUCGGCUACCUUCGCUUCGCUUAGCGAGUCGGGACAUCGUCAGCCCAAUCCUCGAUGUGCUGAAUAUGAGGAGUGUGACGCGAGUGACGGAAAGAAUGUGCGCGGCUGCUGUGACAGAGAGACUCGAGACUUUGCUGUUUGUAGUGAGCAGAUGUUAAGACGGGUCACGACGGUGACCGAAAAAAAAAAAAGAAUACACUCGACGCGUGGCGAUACACUCGAGAUAUUUUGUACGUUCGCCCGCUUCGUAACGCGAGCCCUAGACGAACAAACAAAACAUAUUUUGCCGGAGAAGCUUUCUCCUCUCGUCUUUCGCUUUUUUUUCUCUCUCUCUCCUAGGGUUUUUAACGCUCUUUUAACGCGGAGUUACGUUAAAUGGCAUCGCGGUUUUCGAACAACGCCGUCGUCCGCCUCGCGUCGUCUUCGUUUUCGCUUGCCACCUUCCCUUUCCCGUCCUACGCUCAACUAGUGACGUCACUAAAAUCCCUAAUUUCCCCAUCGAUUCCCGUUUGCUGAUUUCUUUUACGAGUGCGCGAGUUGGCGGGUUGGUACCAACUUCUAAGUUCUCUUUCGUUCAUUACACUCAGCCCGAUGCUGCCUGUAGGUGCGAGUCUGGAAACGUGACACAUUCGUGUAUUUCGGUUUUUCCGUUUGUCAUCUGUCAUGCAUUUCGAUACAAGCACGACGCGCGCUUAGAGUCUUUAGCCUGAAAAAACCUUUCAUUGUUCGAGUGAAAGUUGUCAGUGCUUGUAGCAAGCUUGAUGUGUGUUACCUGUUGAUGAACCCCCUUCCACCCCCACCGUUUGUGUUUUUGCCAACACACAUUGUUUCUGUUUUGUUUGUUUUCGUCAGCGGAGUCGCCUUGUUGUUACGCGUAGGAACGUGCGCCCGUGGGAGCCAAGAUUCUCGCUGGACUCGUGCCGAAAUCAGGUCGUUCAUUCGACAGCACGUCUUUAUCGUAAUGAGGUGAACCGAAAUUUCAAUUAAUUUAGACGGCUAAUUAUUCUUUAAUUACCUAUAGGGUGGUGCCAGUUGUAGUCAUUAAGCAUGGAAAUUGAUUAACACCGUGAACCACAGCAAAUACUGCAAUGUUCGAAAUUAGUAGGCAGAAAGACAUCGCAGCUCAAGUACAUUAGUCAGAAUUGUGUCGCCCGUUUCUUCAUAAAUAAAAGAUGUUAAAAAUCUGUGAGGCUAUUAUAUAAAAAAAACCUAAGAUAGUGUCCUCAAAGUGAAACACAAUAUCAGUGUAAUAACGAGAGGUGGACAACUGUACAAGACGCCAAAAAAAAAAACUGGUUAUUGGACAAUGCUCAUUAGACACAACAAAUCAUGAGGGGCACACGGAAGCAUAUCGACUGCGAGCGUUGUUGUGCCACGCGUUUGAACAUUCUUAGCGGAUACGCGAUUGAACAAGGUGACGCCCGCCUCGGUGGCUGAUGUGCCCGACUGCUGGCACGAAUGUCGAAGUGAUAGAAACCCGUGUACUUUGAAUGAGGUGCACGUGAAAAAAAAAACUGCGGGUAGUUGAAAUUCCUAGAAUCUACCACGACGGCAUCUCUCUAAAUCAUAUCGGGUUUUUAAGAGGUAAAUCUCUAACUAUUAUUAACUGAGCGUCAUUGGCGGUACGAUCGUGCACUGUCGAAUAGACCUGCAGCUGUAUCGGCCGUCGCCUCAGUCCCGUAUUCACAAACGCUCCUCGACUCGACCUCCACCCUUCACUUGACAGAGUUGUGCACUGCGCCGCUGCUCAGCUGAAAUGACGCUGCGCUACUCAAGAAUAGCAGCAAAUUAUCACUCAUAUGCAGUUACUUUCUCUGCCUACAGAUGGCGCUCCCAUCGGCUUUCUCAAGUGAAGGUUGAGCGUUGAGUGAAGGGGCGUUCUAAAAUACGGGGAUCAGCGGUGAGCGGAGGCUGUGCGCCUGCGCACUGCUUGCUGGAGCUGCGGCCGAGAAGCGUGUGAGGCGCGAUUCCGGCGAGUUCUCUUCCUCCCCGCAUUGUGGCGCCAGUGUGAAAAAAAAAGUUCAGCCUGUGCUUAGCCCAGUGGAUUGUUGCGUCGUUGCGUUUCCGGGAUCAAGGCUUUUUUUUUUUUUUUGCUUCCGGUUUUAAAAUGUGUGUCGGCGAAUACGAGCUCGGGGCAAAAAACGCAAGCCAGAAGAUAGUUGUCGUUGGAAACUAUUUCUGUAGCGUUGUUUCCUAAUAAAGUGCGUUGCCGUGCUGCUC